AGGAGAACAUAGCAUAUACUCGAGUAAAUAAGCAUAGAAUCAAAUUAAAAAAAAAAAAAACAAUUGACAAUUCCAGAAAAUUGAACAAAGAACUUCAGUACUAUCGUUUACUACAAGACCCAAGUUUUAAAAAGAGUGAUUAAAAACUAUUUACCACUGAAAACUAUCAAUUAUCAUCAAACAAAACCCAAAAAAGAUCUUCGAGACUUUUGUGAUUUGAGAUUGAAAAAAGGUCUCUGCAGAGACUUUUUUAGCUGCCCCGACACGACAGCUAUAGCUCAUCUGAGAUCUGUGAGGAGAGAAAGAAAAAAGGUCUCAUUUUCCGUCUGGUACUGGUUGGUUGGUUAAUCAUUUUUCAAAACGUCGUCAUCGUCAUCGUCUUUUCCAAUAUUAUAAGUAUAUAAGUACCUACCCACAACCUGUCUGUGGCUGGGCUGGUUUAGCCUUAUCAUUUGUACCUACCUAGGCUUUAAAUGAUAAAGCCUACAUAUGUGAUUAUGAGUAUUUAAUUGGCAUACCUAGUUUUGAAAACCAAAAUCCCUGAAAAUCCAAAGUGAAAGUGAUUUUAGUGAUUUUAUUUUUUCCAAUUCAUGCAAACGCAAAGGCAAACCAAAAUCGAAUAAGGUGCCCCCAGUCCCAGUUGUUGGGACUUGCGACUUGCGAGUUCAGUUUCAGUUCUGUGGUUGUUGGUUGUGUCGACGUCGUAGUCGUAGUCGUCGUGCUCGAGAAGUCGAGUCGAGAGUCGUCAGUCGUGGUCGUGGUCGUCGAGUCUAGGUGGAGGUUUUAGAUAAGGUGCGGUGCAGUGUAGAGAGGUGAGGUAACAACGGCAAGAACGAGAGUGCACAGAAAGUACAUAAAUAAAGUAUCAGCUGAAAAAGCACCAGAAACAGCAACAGCAACAAAAGUAUCUCGAAAAACACUAGAAAUAAAAAAGACGAAAAAAGAAACCAAAUGCAUUUAGUUUUCUUUAAAUUUUGACAUUUGGUUUCAACUACUCUACAAUACAUAAGAGAAAAAUGUGAAAUAAAUAUUAGAGAUUAGACAACAUUGAAAAUUUGUCUCCUCCGACUCCGAGACUCCGAUGGAAAAAAAGUAAGAAACAGAAUAGCAACUUGAAAACUCGAUUAAGUUUUAUCAAAUUAUAAUUCCUACCUACCUAAAAUCGUCUUCCUCGAUUUCGAUUUCGUGUUGGUGUUGCUAUUGCUAUUGCUCUUGCUUUUCCUCGGCGCAUUAGACACAAGUUACUCGAACUCGACGUUCGAAGACUCCACCUUAGGACGGGUUCCUUCAAAAAAGGUGUGAAGCUGGUGCUCUUCGACCAAAAAAUAAGAAGAGGAAAAAUUACCAAAUUUAUUUACUCGUCUCGUAUUCUACGUCCGAGAAAUUGGUUGAAAUCCACUGACUGACAAUGUCUAAACCAACAGCGACGUCGUCAUCGUCGUCGACGCUUCCAUCGACGUUGCCUUCAUCGUCGUCCGCGUCGUCAUCAUCAUCAUCAUCCACAGAGAUAGGACCAAACCUGCUUAAGCAAAUUGUAGCUAGACAGCUUCAACAGCGUAGCCCUCAGGCCUUUCAAUCGCAUCUGUUUCGUGAGCGACUGCGUUUGGCCAGAAAUUUGUACAAAUUCGAUUUGAUUGCUCACUAUGGGUGUGUAAAUGCGAUCGAGUUUUCGAAUGGGGGUGAUUUUCUGGCUUCAGGAGGAGAUGAUAAACGCAUUCUUAUAUGGGAUGUGGAAAAAGCAAUUGCUGGAGUUGAAAAACCUCGGGUGUUGGACUCGGAGCAUACAAGUAAUGUUUUUUGCCUGGGAUUCGACCGAUUGAAUAGGAAAGUCUUCUCGGGUGGAAAUGAUGAUCUGGUUAUAGUGCACGAUAAUGAAACCGGUAAACUCCAUAAUGUAUACAAACAUGAGAAACCUGUCUAUGGACUUUCGAUUGAUCCAACUUGCGAUGACAUUUUUGCGACAGCUUGUGAAGAUGGACAAAUCCUUGUAUUUGAUCAACGUAUCGAUCCAGCCGAUCCACUUGUAGUAGCUAAAUAUCGUGCAUCAUUUCAUGCCGUGCAAUUUCAUCCGUUUGGUGGAAAUUUUCUCGUCACGGCCAAUUCAAAAAGAGGUGCUGCUUUCUGGGACAUUCGAAAACCACACAGUCCUGUCAUUCAAUACGGAUUCGAUGAGAGUCAUCCAAGUUACAUGAGCGUCCGAUUCAAUAGUUUUGGCAAUUUAAUCCUAGCACUUCGACGACGUCUGCCACCGAUCUUGUAUAAUACAUUCUCGUCGGAGCCAAUUUGCCAAUUCUAUCAUCCCGACUACUACAACUCAUGCACCAUGAAAAGUUGUACAUUCGCUGGCGAAGAUGACGAACUGGUGCUCUCAGGGUCAGAUGAUUUUAAUUUGUAUGUCUGGCGGGUAUCAGAUGCAGAUUUGGAAUUGACUGAUCAAUGGAUCGAAUCAACACAAAUGGUUCUUUACGGUCAUCGUUCAAUAGUUAAUCAGGUGCGAUACAAUCGUGAGAAAUGCAUCUUGGCUUCUUCUGGCGUUGAAAAGAUUGUCAAGCUUUGGAGUCCAUUUAAUCAAAAAGACUGGACCGGAUCCCUUAUGGAAGAAGCAACUUGUUCUGAAAAUCCACGAGAUCUCUUUUCGCCGUUUACUUUUCCAUCGUUGACACCACAAAGCUGGUCCCAUAUGCCUCAUGACUACAGCAGUCGCAAUACAAAUGAAGACCCAAGGAUGAUGGCAUUUUUUGACUCACUCAUUCAACAAGAGAUCGAAGGCUGGGACACCAACAACUCAUCCGACUCUCAAUUGGCAUCAGAUGGUGGCGGAAGUUCACAUAGUCCAAAUAAUAGUUCGAUUGAAGACUCCGAUGAACAGGAGUUGUUGCGUUAUUUUGUUCACAAAAGAGAACGUCAGCGUAAGAAUUCUAUAUUGAAUAAAAUGAAAAUCCAAACACACAGAUAUGCAAAUCGUAUAGCUUACCUUAUUGCAACCAAGCGCAAUACAUUGCGCCGGUUGGCAUUGAAAGGAGCUUCAAACUCAAAUAGACGUCCACAGCGACUAAAUAUGGCUGGCAGAGGUACCUCUCAACGUGCAGGUGCGAACAGUCGUAUUACCCACAGCUCCAAGCGGCAUGGUCGAGGGAGUCACUAUGGAUAUCGUGAUCGUGGUCAGGGCCCGAGCGGAAGUGGUCUUUCAAAUGCGAGAAGAAAAAAGAACAAAAAACAAAGAAGAAUAUCGGUGAAUGUGACAUCAUCUGACGAUGACGACCAAGUUCCUUUGCCAAGCAAUCAUUUGAAUGUAGCCAUCCCCAGCACGAGCACAGGAAUUACUUCUAGUGGUAAAGAUGCGAUUCUUCGCCUUCGACAACAGCAACUAUUGGUUGAAGAUUCUGACGAAGAUGACGAUGACGACGAAGUUAUUGUUCCAAUUGUACCCGUGCCAGAUGUCAGUCACAUACCAAUCAUACCAGCAAGGCCAGCAGUCAAGAUAAAUGGCUUUGGUCAUGCACACGAUGACUCUCCUCAGUCACCACCGCCUGUACAAACACGUAGCAACGUCAAUCGCCGACGCAGAAUUGACUUGGACAUAUACUCGAGCCAUUCGAAUUCUCGUUUAUCGAAUAGCAGCUUCCUAGACGAAACGUCCAGUUCCUCUACCGAUUGCAAUCAUCAUCUCUCAAGCAAACGAAGAAAAUUCACAAACACCACAACCAAUCCAGUUGCAUCCGAUGCUGAUGCCAUUACCAUUACUCCCACCACCACCGCUAACAAUAUAAAUAUAAAUAAUAAUAAUAAUAAUAGUAACAUUACUGAUACAAGUAGCAAUCAAUCGACUGAUAUAGCCAAAACUUCUAGCAAUAGUAUUAAUAAUCCUGAUUCACCAAUAGUCGCCGGAACUUCGUCGUCCUUUAUUGAAGCCGAAGCAACAAGUAACAAUAAUAGGAACAGUAAUAGCAAUGAAGAGAUUCUGCAAUCAACUCAUCAUCUUCUAACCCCGGAUAGCGGGAUAAGUGAAGCAACACUAACACCUCAUUGCAGUGCUCCAGAAUGUCGCAAUCCUACCCGAACUCCUUGUGAUCAUCAUAAUAGCAGCGGUACUCAGAGUGGCAAUAAUGUGGUAAGCAUGAAUUUGUUCCAACAAAAAGUUUCUCGCGUGCGAAGAAACUAUCGGAAAAAAUUCGCCGAAGAGUCUGAAAGUGAUUAAGAGAAUAAAAAUAAGUCACUAACCCCUCCCCCCUCUCAACACCCAGCAUGGAUUUAAGUUAAGUUUUCAUUUUUGAGCAGAAGCAAACUGUGAUGCGUGGACGCUUUAUGUUGUGUGUCAUUUUAUUAACAAACAAAAUAAUAUACAACAAUUUUAUUUCAUUUUAUUUUAUUUUACUUUAUUCAAGAUUAAAAG